AAAUGAUCAAAGGUUUUGGAUUUAGCAUGUUGCUGCAACAUUUCCUUGAAAUUUGACGAAGUCCUUGCGGACAGUUUAUGAUAUAUAAAAGCUGUCGAAAAUGUCUAAUAUGAAGCAAGGCGAGCCUUGCGCUCAAGAGAGCAGUGAUUAUGCGAUGAUCACGGACGUGCAGCCAUCUUCAACAGGUUUGAAUGUGAGCGGACCUCAGCAUUUACAGGCAUUUGCAAGUCCCCGUACAUCCAAGAAGCGAAAUUUUUUGGCUUCUCUGAGCAAGGGAACCCAGAGAAAAGGAACAAUCAUUACGCGGCCCAUGAAUCAAGAUUCUAUGCCCGAGGAAAUGGAGGUUAGUGUAUGUUUCUGAUUUUAGUUCUAGAAUCAUUGAUCAUUAUACAAGGGGUGGAAGUAGAACUCAACGCUAAACUUGUUUAAAAUUAGAAAAAUCCAUCAGGUUGCUAAUGUAACAAAUAGGAACGUGACCAAAGUAGAUUGAACUUUGUAUAUCUCCUCGUGAGUUGAUCUCACCUUUACAUGUUUAGGCACUUGAUAUUAAAUCAGCUGUUGUAAAUGGUGACACGAAAGUACUGUACAGGCGAACUUAAAACAAAGGACAACUGUAAGACGAGCUCAUCAUUUCUUUACUCAGCACCUUCUUCACUACUGAAAUACAAGCGUUUUGUUUUUGCAAUGCCGCUGUAGUCGAGCAAAAGACCCCAUUAUUGCAAUCUGUUUCCAGUCGAUGACGCUCUCUCUCAGCUGAUUUUUAUUGCAUGAUCUUAUUAUGAUCACGAAUAUUCAGAAUUAAUUAAAUACUAGUACAUUCUCAAGAGGAAAUAGAAACAGGUUGCCUUGAAGGGUUUUUCUUUCAACAAAAUUUGCAUCUGCAGCACAAACCUGAAAUUGCAGUUUAAAGUGUUUUGUGUGGACAAGUAAUUUUUUUCAUAUUGAGCAGAGAAAUAGAUUUUAAAUGUGGAGAGUUUCUCACUCCACUUGAUGUUUUAGAUUAUAAACAUGAAAUUUGGUGAUAAAAUGUUCAAGAAUCUUCUUUGAACUUGUAGAGCAACUAAGUGCCAAUAGUGCGUUUGAUCCACUUGUGUCUGUCCUUUGCUAUUAAAAAGAGGUCCCAAAAACAUAGAACAACUGUGAUUACUAUCUGGAUUGGUGCCUCUAUAUAAUAAUGAGUUUCCUAAGGUGGUUCGUUUUGUAAAGUAAUUCAUUAUUCUUUGUUUAUUCCUUUUUGGGAUCUGUGAUGUACUGUUUGAAUUAACAAAGAAUUAGGAAAGAUAUUUUUGGGUUUUAUAUGAACAAAGACCAUUCAUGUGACUCCAAACAACAUGGGCCUUUUUUUUUUUUAGAUAAAUUGGAAAGGAAGCUUCAGACUGAGAGAUUUUUGUUAAAUUUUGAUGAGAUUUUUGUUACAUUACUAUUAUAUUUCUGGCUAUAUGAAUGAACAAGGUGAAGCAAUCCUGUGUUCUGAUUGAUUACCUGAUUGGACAAGAUUUUCAACCAUGUUCAGAUGCAUGAGAAGAAACUGCUUGUAACUUUUUCACACAGAAAGAAGGUUUUUAUAGUAAUCAAUCUGAAAAACAUAAGACUGGUACCACUUAGUUUGGUCAUUAUAGAAAUGUCAUUGCUGCAGAAUUCUCCACUGCAUUAAGGAAAAUCUCAGCAAUCAAUAGGACUGUAUCUUUCUGAUUUCUGGUGUUUAUUUCUGAUCCAUACAAUAUCCAUACUUUCUACAUUUAACUCUUUAACUCCUCGCUCAAAUUUGUACCUCUCCUUAUUGUUAACCAUGCAAUUCUUAUAGUGUUAGUUGAGAGAAUUUUGUAUUGGAUCAACUAAUUAUCCCCAAAUUGAUAUUUUUCUUUAUUCUCAUGACUUAUCUGGUUGGUAUUUUAUUGAUAUUGGAAGGAGAAAUUCUGACCUGGUCACUCAUGGGAGUUCAAGGGUUAAUUGAUUUUGAUCUUCUUUUACAAGAUAGUGAUUAUUUAUCUGCUAUUACAACAGAAAUACACACCUAGACUAUGUAAAACCAAGAUUGACAUUAUUUGUGAUUUACUAAAAUCCUAAGCUAUUUCCUGAUGAUUUGAUUUUAACAGCUGUUCCCUUUCCAAAUAUUCCUAAAAUUCCCAAAAUUCCCAGAAAUUCCUAGGAAUUUUUUAGAUUUACAACUGAAUUUGGUUCUCUGAGUUGGAAUUCAGUUUUCUAUAAACUUGGAAUUUCUAGGAAUUCUGGGAAAAAUUUCCCAGAUUUUCCUAGGAAUUCCUAGGAAUUCCAGUCCGAAUAUACCGUGAAAAUUCACCCUUUAUUCCUAGGAAUUCUAGGGGAAGUUAUUUCAAAAACCAUUUCAUAAAGGGUUAUGCUCCGAUCAACACUUCAGUAAUUUAUACCCACAUGCACGCACUAUUUGCAGCAUGAAUGACACGCGCAUGCACAAUUUCCCUAGACAACUCCUUAUCUAAUUAUUUUAGACCAUUAUUGAUUUUCUAUAUCACCUAUGCAGAGUGCAAUUUAAAUAUUCUAGCUACAAGUCUGUCAUUACCAUGCUACGCUCAAUUAUACAUCUAAAUCUUAGGUAACCUAACUGUCAUCAAAGCCUAAGCUCAAUUACUAAAUUAGGUAAUAGGGUGUCAUGCAAUACACUUAUAAGAUUGUUGCGACAGUCAUUAACCAAGCCUUUUUUGGUCAAAAUAGACAGAUAUUGUUCCUCCUUAUUCUGUCCAUGUUUUUUGUAGUUCAUGCCUUUGUCUUGCUCCACCAAUCCGUUUAUUCCUAAGAGUGAUAAGUAUCUAAUUUCUCCCAACAAUAUCACCCCUGAAUCAAUUGUUAAAGUCAUGAGAAUAAACGAAAUGAUAGUGAACUCAAGAAGCUCUUGAUUGCUAGACAAAUUCUCCUUUUAAGUUUCUUUGGAAAUGUACAGAGAACAGUAUGGAGAAUUUGCAUACUAAUGUAAAGGCAAAAAGGGUUAAGACACCAGAAAAGGAUUAAUAUCCAGUCAUGAACAGUCCACUAGACUAGAUAUGUAAAGGAAUAUCUAAGCAGUUUAAUUAUAAGACAAUAUUCUCUCCCAUAUACAGGAAGGCAAGGAGGGUGAUGCUGAAAGAAUACGGAUCAUGAACAUGGUGAAGGUAUGUUUAAGUUGUGGCUCUUACUGUAUUUUUAAACCUUUAAACUUUUGCUCUCAUUAAUUGCAUUUAGUUUGCUGCCAUUCACUGCCCUGUAUGAAUGCAAUGAUUUAUUUUGAACUGGUAAAAAAAGGGAUUUUCCCUGUAGGCUGAAAUAGUGACAAAAUUGCUUUAAUGAGGACCACAAUUUAGGUUGUCAAUAGGGUUUAAGUGAUCUCAGUAAGCCAGGACCACAGGAACAAGGCUGAUAAUUUUUUAAUAAACAUUAAAAAAAAAUCAAUUUCUUACUGUGGCAUUGGCUCAAACAAUAUUAAAUUAAUUUAAUUAAUAUUUUUAUUAGGAAGGGAUAUGGUCUGUUGAAGAAGCUAUGAAGGAGGCAAAAACUCUUGGAGUGAUUACUUCUCCUGAACCAACAAAUGAUGAUGGGAAUGGGGAAGAGAAGAUCUUUAAUUUUGGAGUGUACAAGUAUGGCAGGGACAAGACAGGUCUAUCUCGGAGAAUUUUACAGGUUUGACUUGCUAAAACAAGUUUACAGCUCUUAAUCCUUUAACUCCCAGAAGUGAUUACCAUGAAACAGGGCGUGAAAUUAACUUUUUUACCUGAUAGCCACUUGGCUCCUAAAUUCUUCAAAGUGGUAGCCAAUUCAAAAAAAGUUGGUCGCCAUUUUCAAAGACAAACAAAAUCUUUCUUUACGCUGUCAGCGUUCUAGAUAGACCCUCCAAAAUUAAGUUAGGGAAAAGAUCUUUAACGUGCUACGAAGUGGACACUAGGAUGGAUGAUAAACAACGUUCAGGCUCAUCUAAAUCCAAGAUGGUGUCUAGUUAUCAAUCGAGAUGCAUGUGCUACGUUUUGGAAACAAACUUAACAAGGAAGUUUGCCGCGGAUUUAUCUUUGCAAAUCUUUUUAAUUCACUAUAUCUCUUGGUAAGGUUAUGAUGAAACGUUGUAGUCACCAAUUUGGCAACUAACUUUCAGGAUUUGGUCGCCAAAGUGAAAAAUUUAGUUGCAUUGGCGCCUGUAUCAGGCGCAAUUUCACGCCCUGUGAAACUUCUCCUUAUAAUAUCCAUGCAACUUAUCCAGCAAACAGGUAAUGAGAACAUUCAAACUUAUCAAGUAGAAGUUGUGAUCUUGAUCUAACACCAAAUUCUUAUAACUAGUUUGCAAGGGAAUGUGUGGUAGCUAGAGGGGAGAAUUAACAAUCAGAUCUUGGGAAUUAAAGGGUUAACUUAUGUUUUAAUAUAUCUUUUGUUUUUAUUUGUUUUUCUUUCAUCUCAUUUCUUCCUUUCUUUGUUCUUUUUAUCUUUGUUACCUUUUUUGCUUGUUUGCUUGUACACUCUUGCUCAUUUGCUCAUUUGUGUCUUUGUUUUACCUUUUAUUCAGUCUUAAGUAGAGCUCUCAAGUCUCAUGCAUCAAGCGUAAGACUGAUGCAAACAAAUUUAAUCUGACUUAUGCUUUCGUGGUAAAUUUAUUUCUAACUCAUUUAAGGUUUCAGAUUUAUUCUGUUGAUUUUGAUAUGGCGAACUGUUGUUUUCAUUAAAUACUCUGAUUGUCUGUCUUAAUAUAAUUUACUCCUUGUUUCUUAUGUGCAUGCCUCUAACACUUUUCAGCAGUAGAAUUUCUUGCUCUGAUUGAAGGAAUGCACUUUGCUGCUUCAUUUUUUCUCAAUGUUCCAGGGGAACAUGCUUCCAUACCCUACCUCCCCCCCCCUCUACCCUAAAUAGGUGAUACCCAUGGCAUCUCACUCUUUGCCAGCAAAAGGACUUGAGAGUGCUGCUACUCAUUCUGCCUAUAAAUCACUUAAAGUUUUUGAUGGAAUCAACUUGUUCAUCCAUUGUUAAUCUGCCUGUUUAUCUCUUUGUUGUAUUUGUUUUUUUUUUUUAAUGUUAGGCAUUCAGGAAGGAAGGCAGUCAGUCAGAUUUUUCAGGUUUCAAUUGUUCAAUUUUUAAAAAAUUUUUGCUUUUUUUCCAGUUUGAUUUUCAAGAGAAGGUGCUGUGUAUCAUUCAGAAAGGAAACAGAAACAAGAAAUUUGCAUUCACUGAUAUCAAAGGGUUUGACAGUGAGGUGAGUUUUGCAUCAUGCAGUGACAAGUUAUAAAUAUCUGUUAACUUGAUAAAAUUUCUUGAUUACUGUUAAAACAACAAUGUGCAACUUUUUAAUUCUAGGAUGGUGUGAGAUUUUACAUUUAUCUUGAAAGUGAUUAUGAACUUGAUGCUGACAGUAUUGAGGAGAAAAACAAGGUUGGUACAUGUUUAUUGAUUUUCUUAUCUGAAAACUGUGGAGAUAACAAGAUGAAAUUUAUUUUAAUUAAUUAUGUUAUGAUUUUCAUGUAAAUUUUAUGUGACUUUUUGACCAUGAAUAGUUUAGCAGUUUUCUGUUGCAUGUGGACUUGUAUUGUAGGUGAGAGAUUAUGAAACAUGGUUAUUGUUUAAAAUGUGAGUUCCCUGACAAUUUUUUGUUUUGCAAGAUUGAGGUAAAGGUGGCCAAGAGUUAUCCAUUAGUACUUUUGUAAAGUUGUUGCAUAGCACUAUGAUGACAAAUUAAAAGUGUAUCAGGCACAUGCAUUAGUGAAAAGAAAUUGCUGAACUGAAGAGUUAGCAAUGAAAAUGGUACUAACAGUGACAAAGACCAUGACAGCAACUAUGACCAUGACGAUAUUGAGGAUGACAACAAAAAGGACAACAAAAAUAACAACAACAACAACAACAACCACAACAACAACAACAACAACCACAACAACAACAACACUACAGAGACAAUAACAACAAUAGAUUGAAAGGAGUUGAACUAGAAUUGCAGCAUUUGCAGAGAGAGGCAAGAAGAAUAGUCAUUGCCCAAUCUAUAAAUAAUUUACUCUUCAAAAUCAGGUGUAUCAGAAAUGUUUCAUCUUAAUUUCUUAAACAGAUUUGUCAUCUACUGGAUUCUAUCGUGACACAGAGCAGAGGAGAUGAACCAGAUGGUAAAUCUUUCAUUCUAUGAUAUGCUCAUUACCGAAAAAACAGUUCACUUCAGUUGGAUUCAAAAUGUUUCCAAAUAAAUUACCAAAUUAAUCUUGUAUCAAGCUAGUCAGAGGAUUGAAGAAUAGUGCAUUCUAUGAUAUAGAGAGAAAUCCCAUAAGGAGAGUUCUAAGGAUAAUGAUGUUAACAAGGAAUAGCACAUGGCAGUGAUGAAAGCUAUGUUGCAUGUUUCCUCAAAUAAGCAACUGUGUGCUUGUUUAAAAUUUUGGCUAAAAGGAGGGGCAUUUAGUGAAUAGAAGGCACUUAAUUGAGGGGAGGGGGAAUACUAUUAUUUUCAUUACUGAUUCUUCUUUAGUUGAAGCUGCAAAAGUUAUAAAUAAAGUGGAAGUAGAAACAGGUUUUCCUUGUAUCCCUAUUCAAUUAAGAAAGUGAGGGGGAAGGGGGGGUGCUUAUUUGAGAGGAGUGCUUGUUUGACAUUAUGGCAGGAGGGUGGGUACUGAUUGGGGGAAAUACUGUAUUCUUGUACUUUGUGAUUGACAACAGUCUUGGGCUCAUCACUUUCUUGUUGACUUUGCCCUUCUUAUUUUGACAUACCUGUUUCACAACAGUAAUCAAUUGUUUUCAUUUACUGAAUAGGGGAAUUUGAAGCACCAUCACUUGACACUACAAAAGUUAUCAAAGAAGGCCAGAUCGAGAAGAAAGGUCACAGUGCAGCGUUUAUGAUGUGGCCAAGGUAAGAAGAAGCUGUUGGACCACCUAGUUAAUUGGAGGGGCCAUUGUAGUGCUAAUGGCUACAGGGAGCAGGUCCAUGGCAGGAAGACAAUGAUGGUUAGCAAUGAAAUUCAGAACUGUCAACUAGAGCAGAGAGUUGGCCAAAACAGCUCACUAUUUUCAACAGCCAUUCUCCAGUUUUGAGUGGAAGUGAAUGCAUGAUUUACCAGCAACAUGUUUACAUGUGUGAAUCACUUCCGCUUUAAGAAUUUGCUUCAAGUUUUGGGCAAACUUUGUUGAACCCAUGGAAUGAUUUUGACCUAAUAGUACUCACUCUUGCUUGAAAUGUGAUGAAUUAAUAUGGCAUCCAUGAUAACUUGGCCACCUACCACUAAACCCUUUCAAACUUUCCACUUUCAAACUUAUUGACAGCCCUUGGACAAGAAAAGAAGCAAAUUAUGCCUUCACAAGUCAUUUUCUCCUUUAAAAAAAAAUAGACCUUCCCAUUUAUCAACUUGUAAGGAGUUUUGCUAAAUUUACAAUAUAUAAUAGAAAUGUUACUUGAAGUUUUUUCAGAAGCAAUGGUUUGGGCAAUGUCUUUUUGUUCUUUUUCUCACCAUUAAUAAGUGAUAUGAACUACAUCCCACAAGCAUUCUGAGAAGCAGGAAGUGGAUUUGUUAUGUGACAAGAUUCUUAUGUUAUUUAUUUUGUAGGCGAUGGCUGCGCAUCCAGCAAGGAGAAUUAUCAUAUUUUAAGUUGGGAGAGGAAAGCCAGGUGGGUUUGUUUACAGCAGUAGUUAGUUGUACAAAGUGAACAUAGGCUUGUACUAUGUUCUUGAUCAACGUCCUUUGAGAAAUUGCAUUGUAAAUGGGGCUGUGAGUGGGCAAGGGGGAACCUGGGCUACUAUGGAGCAGUGGCUAUGGAUGAGGGAGUUGUCACCACUUUGCCUUGGCGUCAAGCCACAUAUCAACUCUGCUUUAUCGUAUAUAUCUCUACUACAUCCUGAGGUACUUUUUUCAGUCGAUUGGACCACAUGGGGUGCUUAUCAAUAGUUGGAACUGACCACCCAGACUGACCUAUUCAAAAUGCAGGGGUUAUUUUUUAGAGUUCUCUGCAACUUUUCUUCCCCUAAAAUUGUGCACACAUAGCAAUGAUUUAAAAAAAAAACUAGGUGAUAUAGACAGACAAUUUGAAUGUCUAACGAAAUUCCUUCUUUAAUGAAUGGACCUGUAAGUUAAUUUACCUUUACCUUGUUUAUAUUUGUGUGCAGGCUGCUUUGAACAUUGUUAAGCUUGGUCCUGGGCUGGCGGAAGUCAAGAGUGUGGAUCAUAAUGCUUUCAUUAUCAUCACAAGCAAGAAGGAGUAUAGGUAUGAUGAUAAAACCAGUGCUUCUCAUUUCAUAUACCCCAGAUAUGAUGGCAUAAUGGUCAGAGUGCUAAACACUGGAUUUAGAGAGUGAGAGUCAAACCAGGGGCCCAAUUGUUGAAGAUCCUGAUAAAGUGUUCUUGGCCAGAGGUCUGGAAGGAUCUCUCCGUGACCCAUCUCAAAUCUUCCUACGGAUUGAAAAACGCACGUUCUGCAGCAUUAACGAUUAGGGCCUGCUUGCAAGCUACCCUUCAAGGCCAUUUUAUUUACCAACAAUUCAAAAAAAAAAUUGAAAUUCUUGACAAACUUUUUUUGUUUACUGCAUCUUUAUCGUGCUAUAUUUUAAAGUUGUAUUAUCAUUCAUUCAUUCAUUAACGGUAACUAACCAGUUACUUAUCCAAAUCAAAUAACAUCUACAUGUAAAUUGUGUUGUACAUAUGUGGUUAUUUCCAUCUUUCAGUUUCCGUGUGUUAAAUCUGAACAAUGCGGGCGAUAGUGCUGUUGAGAAAGAAAGAGACUCAUGGAUUGAGGUUUAUUGCAUGCAGUAGAUGCAGCGUUAUUCAUUUCAUAAGUAUCGUGAUACUAAUUGCUUAUAAAUAAUACAUGCACCGUCCAUUGCUUUAAUUUCAUUUAGAAUAACCAUUAUGUCCAUUUUUGCGUCAAUGCCCGUUUACACUUUGGACAGUCCCAAUGUAUUUGGGCAAUCUUUUUUAGAUCGUUAAUCCAUUAAUAGCACGGUAGAAAUAUCAUUUGAUUUGGCGCUUUCCUUGAGAGAUGAUAUUAUUCAGUAAAUAACACAGACAAACUCGGAGAAAAAGAACUUAGAGUGCUCCCAACAGGAGCCGGACCUACGACCUUCCAUUGAGUCGUUCGGAUGCCUUAUCGCUGAACUAUAGGGGAAUCGUGGGAGGCUAGGCCGUUUAAUUAAACAAAACACGUCUCCGUUUCAGAACUCUUUUGUCGUUAGGUCACCUUAUCGAGAGUUUUCUCCUUAGCCUGGGAAGACAAUAUAUAUAUAAGCAAAACAAUUUUCACAAACAACAUGAUGUGACAGUUAUGCACAUUCUAGUUGGUGACAACUUGUAAAUUUGAAUUUUCAGGCUAUAACUACAGCUUCCCAAAUAAGUUUCCGUCAAUCAAGAGCAGUAUCGUCAGUUCCUGAUGAAGCAGGUUACGUACCUUGAUAGUUGUUUCAAAAUGAUGAAAAGUAUCACAGGAAUUUAACAUUUACUGUUGUUUUUCAUUUUAUUUCAGCCAUUGCAUCCUCUGUAGUAGAACAGGAAAAGUAUCUUAAAGAUGUUGUCAGAACACUUCAGAGAGUAUGUCUUCUUUUUUUUAACGUAUUUCUUUGAUAGAACGCGGCAGGUUUUUUGUUUAAUCUUCUUCGCGCUCUCUAUGCGGGAUUUAUUCCAAAGUAAAAUCUUAUUUUAUAAAUUACCGAAAGAUUUGUUCGAAACAUGGUCAAUCCAAAUUUAAAUUUCGUGGUAAUAUGUGAUUUUGUAUGUAGCUAUUAGGGGAUAAAUGUUAAUCUGGUUUUUAAAACUUAACCCUAGCUUGACAAAAUGAUUCAUACAUAAUUUACAACUAUGGUCGUCGUCGCUGGUGUUGUUUUUGUUUCUUAAACAUACAUGACAAUUUUUUAUACUCACAUUUUGUUUCGUUUUAGGAGUUGGAGCAGUUAGGUUCUGUGUUGUCUGUGGUCAACGCACCUAUUCAAGCUACUGUGCAGGUAAAUUAGAAUUAUAUUGAUCAAGAAACUUAAAUGCCUGAGAGUGAUUGUUGUGGACCAUAAAUCCAAAACCGAGUGGCAAUCGCAACGAAGAACAAUUUAGCGCUUUUCGAUUGAGUGUCGUAAGAUCGAAACCAAAACAAUUACAACAGCCAAUCAUAGCAAGGAAAAUAUCACCAGGGAACCAAUGAGAAUGAAAGUGAAACAAGCAAACUUCCUGAAGCGCGGGAAAAACGCGAGAGUCCCAAGGCACGAUUGGUUUUAGUUUUAAAUUUGAUUGAUUAAGAAGAAGGCGCGAGCUUUUUGAACCAAUCAUAGAGCAAAGUUAAGUAACUCCAAAAUUGCUCUAUCACACGGGGCUCGUGAUCACUUAUUGUAAAACAAGGAAAUUACUUGAAUUGCGAGAAAUCUUAAGUAAUAAAGUGUCGGAUGUUUCUGAUUUGAAGAGAGCUUUCCGAUGAAUGAAAGGGGGGCAGAAGGAGUAAAGUACUGAAAAAUACACCCCCAAACUUUCCUUGUUAUUUUUGACAUUCAUUUUCAAAUUGCGUUAACGAGGUUACCUUUAUUUAUUAUAUCCACUGACAAUAGUGAUUAUCGUUAACUCAAGACGUUAUUUUUCGCUACAAAAAAUGCUGAUUGUAUAUUUGUCAGAGCAUCAUCAUCAUCACAGGAGUUUCUUUUACUCAGUAUCACGUCAAACCCUCACUCACGCGGUAGAAUGUUUUUUUUAGGUCAAGAAGGUGAAAGAUGUUGUGCGCAAUUUGGAUUCACAAGUCAAAACAGGCGUGUUGUCAUGGACAAUGUAAGAAAAUUUUUGAAUUUUUGAGUGUUGUUUGUGCAUAAAUCCCAACCCAAAAAAAGCUACUUAUGCAUGGUAUAAUAAUAAAUCUUCAUGUAUUGAGGUCUGAAAAUCACCCUCCCAUACCUUUCUUAGACAAUCAAAGGUUCACGUAUGAUUGGCCUUUUGUUUGUAGGAAAUGCAAACGUUCAAAUUUUCACGGAGCUAAGGUUCGAGUCUUGGCGUCCUAGAGAAUUGCUUAUACAAUGUACCAAACCUUGAAAUAAUAGUGUGCUGUUCUAGCUUUGACAAAUGGAUUUCCAUGUUGCCAUCAUCUGUGAUUUAUUACUGCACAGACUCACGGAAGCAUGGAAUCUGUUCGUUUAAUUUCACGAAAAAGCAAAAUUGAGUUGGUGAUGACGUCAUCAAUGUGUCUGCCCUCCAUUAGAUCAAAAGAAAGAACGAGUCAAAAUGCACGCAAAAUUUACCUUCUAGUGUCAAAACGCUGUACAGAUGAGAAAGCAACAGAAAAGAACGAGAGUGAUUAAUGAUGGAGAAAAUUGACACGAUUUUUUUUAGUUGCGAAUAAGGCAACUUUUGCAAGGUGUACACAAUGUAACUUGGCCCCUCUAAGGCUUACGUUGUUCUCUCUUUGUUAGGAGACAAGUACUUCAAUCCAGGAAAGAUUCUAACAAAGAUGGAGUCGUGGUCUUACCACAACGCAGAAAAGAUUCUUUAAAAGACAGCAGCACACGCGCACCUCAAUUCAACAAUACUUCGCCUCCGAGAAGAAAAGACAGCGACAGGCUACCCAGCUUGCCAUCUCAACCUGAAGAUGGUUACGAAAAAGUUGAACCUCCACAACGGACGAAAAAACCUUCACCAGUUUCGCCCCUCACAGGUGUUGAUCAGUCGUCACAUGUCAGCGGUGGCCCCCCUCCACGGCCUCAUAAACCUUCUGAACUAUCAAACACACUAGUUAGUGACAUUGGUCCAUGUACGCCUCAACAAAUCGUCCCACCUGUGAGGCCUUCACGGAGUAGCAGUUCUUCUUCAAGUCCCUACGAAACUGUUGAAAUCGUUUCUCGAAAACGUGAAGGUUCGAAAGGAGGUAGUGUAGGUGAACGCACACCACCAAGGCCACCUAAACCUGGUAGUGGUGUGAUUGAAGAUGACAGCUCAAGUAUUUAUAUGCAGCCACCUAUACCAGUGAGUGUCAUAAGCCCGAUAGAUGACUCCGAUAUUUACGAUAAUGUCCACAUCAAAAACAUUCCGUUAGGAGCGAAAGGUGGUCUGCAUGGUGUUUCUACUCUAGGAGCGAAGGAUGGUGUUGCUGAGGCUUGUACUGGAGAGACGAAUGAACCUAUUGUCCUUGGUGGUUCUGCUGGGGAGAGAAAAGAAUCUGUUGACAUCGGAAAUGAAAUAGCUUCAUCAGGGACUCAGGAGACGAAGGGUGACGCCACGAAUAUCACAGAACGUGAAUCAACGGAUGGCAACCUUGAAAUCGAUUCUGGGGGGAUGGGAUGCGAGAGUCUCGCGCAGGCAAUCGAAGAGCGACGGCAGGUUUUGCAGGAGGAAGAAGCUAAAGAAGGUGUGGUGUUACUUUCUAAACAGAUGCUGAACGAGAAAGGUUCUGAUCUGAGUCAUACCUAUGGUAUGUGAUUUAGCUGUUUAAAAGGCAUGCGCAACUGUUCAUUCACAUCUUUCACUCAUCUCACACUUUGCAAAAGCUCUCUUCAUCUCUCUUUGCGUGUCUUUGUCAGUCAGUAACACUCCCACGGUUGCAAGAUUAUAGAUUAUAUGGCUCAAGAAAUUCCACCAGUUGCAACUCUUAGAUACAUUAGGGCGUUAUUGACCAGGUGGGUUUGGUCAAAAAAGCUGGAUUUUGGCGAAGAUCGCCGCUUUGCAGUUAAAAACCAUAGUUGGUUAGAGCGGUGUUGCUAAAGCCCAAUAGUUUUUGUUUUGUUUUGUUACUUGUAAUUUAUAUGAGUUUAGGACUCGACCGUUCUCAAUGUUUUGUCGUAUUAUAAAAUUGUUGAGCCAAAUGACAAAUAUGAAUAUUCUAUCACUUAAUUCAUUCCUAUCGUGACACAAAAACAGAAGAUUGUGCGCGUUCUUGGACUUCUCCAUCUAAUGUGCGGCAUCGUUGUUUUCAUCUUGACCUUUUCCGGCUCUUACAACCAUUCUCCUAAACUUAUCAUCUAAAAACACCGACAGGAAGCGAAUUACAUAUUUGGCAAUCAUUUAGAUUGCAAACCUGCCUCAUAUGGCAGGUUUGCAAGGACUGACAAAGUCACGGGACUCUUAAUGUUUUCGAAGAACUGCAAGAGGUUUUUCAUACCUUUUAUACCUCACUCAUCCAUUGGAGAAUCAGUCUGGCAACUAACACCGCUCAUUUGAAAAAAGUUGCUGAACUUCUGAUGGAUGUAACUUUAAUUUCCUCUCUCUAUUCUGAAGGCAAGUGGAAAGGGAAAACCUCAAAAUGAAUCCAUUAAAUCUGUUUAUGCAUCACUAACGUGCAUAUAACAUCUUGCAGGAGGAAACAUAGGGUCUAAUCUCGUAUUCUUAUCUUAUUUUGUUCAGCAAAAAGGUGGGUAAGUAUCUGCUGUUCGGUAAAUCGAAAAGGAGUGAAGACUGAGCACUGCAGUGGCUAUGGUCUCCUUUAAUCAUAAUGCUUACACAAUUCUUACUCGUGCAAAGCCUCACUGUUUAUAACUGGCCGGUUGUUAAUUCUUUGAAGCGUUGCUGCUGAUAACAGCAUUUUAUAUUCAUUUUUACUUCUCUGCAUCUGUCAUCAUAUCUCUCAAUUUUCGUUGAGUCGUACGUGUAUCUAUUUAUAUUGGAUUGUAGAAAUCAAUAGUUCGAAAGGUCGAUAAAAAAUCGAAUUGUAGUCAGUAGUCAAACGAGUACAACCUCAAUCAGCAAAUUUUUGAUUGAGUCGUUAGAAUUCUAAAAAUGUUAGAUUCAUAAAUCGAAAGCAGUUCCCCUAUUCAGGACAAUCUUAUUUGAGUUUACUUUAGACAAACAAAUAUUACGUGCAGAAAACUUGCAACUAAUGUUCCCUUUGUCUUUUUUCCUCCAAAGCUGCUGAAGAGAUUGGAGAUAAUAGACCUAUUGGAGAUAAUAGACCUACUUCGGGCAGCAAUCCACCGCCUCCUCCUCCUCCCCUCCCUCCAGGAGUGCCCCCACCUCCUCCCCUAUUAGGAGGUGGCCUUCCUGGAAAAUCUUGUGCAGUCCAGGCCAGAGUUAAACUUCGACCUUUUUUUUGGAUGCCAGUGCCGAUGCAAAUGGUUAGUAGAAUAUUUUUUGCACUAGAGCAGAUGUUUCCAGAUACAUGACCAUCCAGAUACAUGACCAAUCAGGGACAUUUUGGUUAUGGAUUCGUUUUGCCGUUUACGCAUCAUUCAUUUUGAAGCCCCUCGCUCUGAUUUAUGGUGUAUGACAUAGAAACUACGUACAGUCCCAGGCUCCCGAAGAAAUUUUUUUUAAGUCAGUCGGUCAGUUGGUCAACUUACGGUACUUAGUCUUACAGCCAAUAACAUCCCGGCAAAACUGACCAAUUUGUGUACACGAAUCUGACGCCGGCUGCUAACCAACAAAAACUAUCUCUUGACUCCGAUGAUGACUUCUGUCAAGGUUUUCAAAACGUCAGUCACUAUCACCGACAGCAUUCCUUCCUAAGACUACUCUCACCAGGACGAUCAGACUACACGAACGAAUGUUACCUUCGGGUGUAAAUCAUUUGCAGUGGUGCGAGUUAAUAUAGAGUAUCUAAUUUUUUCUUAUUUAGGUGUCCAACUCCAUGUGGAUGCAAGCCGCUGAUCGCACAAAGAGCAUAAACUUGGAUUUGCUGGAAGAAAUGUUCCAGAUAGAGGAGAAGGAAAAACCCAUACCUACUGGUGGGUUUGAUUCAUUAGGAAGAAAAACAUGAAGCAUACAUCCUUUCUUAGUUUAUUGGGAACUGUUUUUAACAAUGUAUCGCAUUAUUUUUCCACAGCCCCCGCUAAACCCACGGUGAAGACGUUACUGGAUCCAAAACGAGCACAGAAUCUUGGUGCGUGAUAGUCCUCGCUACCUCAACGAAUUGUUUGUCAUCAGAGAAGUUCAGUUUUCAAUUGAGUAUCGAAAGCUAUCUAGGAUUGCCUCGUUUUUGCUUUAAUUCGCUCUGUGGUUGGUCGAGCAAAGUUGCGCCACCAUCGCAACCAAUCAAAUCAAGAACUAAAAUCAAUUCUAAUUUGGUCACUCGCGUUUUCCCGCGCUUCAAGCAGGUUGCCUCUUUUUACUUUGAGUUCUCAUUGGUUAAUGAUGAUGUUCUGAUUGGUGGUUGUGAUAACUUUGGUUUUUCGACACUCAACUGAAAACUACGAUUGAAUUGUGCUAUCUGGGUUUGCGUGUGCUUUACUUUGAAGACCGCCUGAACUUUCACUUCUCUUCAUCUCUUGAGAAUAUGUGCCUUUGUUCUGAUUGGCCAUAGAAAUUACUUCGGCUUGGUUUCUACAACACUACGUUGAAUAAUUCUCUAAAUUGACUUGUGUCAAAAAGUUGAUUGAAAACAAAGUCUUCGUAUUCUAAAGUCAUUCUUAUAUUACUGUGUUUCGUGGUAUAAACUCACACCCGCACUUUGAAAUAAAGAUUUUAGAGCGUUGGUGAGCGUUUUAUUUUUCCAUCUUGAGAACUGACUUGUUUCGUCUGACACCGUAAGGAUGCAUAGAAGCGGUGGAGCUUAUAGAAGAAUUGCGUUAAAUAUAACAUUUCACUUCUCUAAAAUCCUUUAUAACAUAGCCAGUAAAUUUGUCUAAUCAAAUACAAUUGCGCGAGCGUGCUUCAUAUUCCUAUUGUGCACGCUCAUGACGUCAGCAAACAAAUCCCUCGCAAAAAAAAAUUUUCCACCGGGUUGAAAAUGUUAUCAACCAAUUGGUUCAUACAUCAGCUGUGUGUUCAUCGUGAUAUGAAGCACUUGGGAAGUUUAGGGAGCACUCAAGAAGCUAGAGUUGUUCUCGGCUACGCCUCUUACGCAUCUUUCGUGCUCUCCAAACUUCCCGCGUGCUUCAUAUCUCGAUGAACGCACGCUGACGUAUGAACCAAUUGUUAAAAAAAGCUGGCGCCUAGUCUCUAAUAAUUGUAAUUUUUUUUCCCCUAGGAAUUUUCCUGAGUGGAUUCAAAUUGAGCACCAAGGAGAUUGACGAGAAGCUGAGUGUGUUCAGAGAAGAAGAUGGCGCCCUACCUAUGGAUCAGGUGAUCGCUUUGAAAAGGUAACAAAAUGAUAAUCUUGUACAGGUGAUUGCUGUGUAGUUGUUGGAUUAAAUUGAUUUAUUUCAAUCAUUAGGUUUCUUCCAUCAGCUGAAGAAUUUGAGAUGUACAAGAACUACAAGGAAGAUCCCAGCACAUUGGUGCCAGCGGAUCAAUUUAUGAAGAAGGUAACAACAGAAGACACUAUUUGAAUAACAUUUGGCGUCUCUAACGAAUUAUGCGAAGUUCUGAUUUUAAUUUGAUGGCAAAUAAGGUCUUGCUUCGCAGUUGUAGGGAAGGACUCGGGUGUAGAGUGCUUUUAGAGACCAGGAACUCGUCUCUCGAAAGUCCCGGUAAGGGGCCCGAAACUAUAUUUUAAAAUCAAUAUUUAAACAAUAGCAGUUUCUGGCACCUUAACCCUUAACCCUUCUCUUGAAUGAAAACAGAAUAGUUUUACGGGCCCAUCAAGUUACCCUCGAGUAACAGAGAGAAACGGGCCUCGGUAACCUAAAAAGUUUUGAAUUAUAUAAUAAAACUUUCAUCCAAAGAAACAAAUGGACUGGUUAGGGUGCCAGAAACUGCUUCUCUAUUGUUUUUAAAUUUUGAUUUUAAAAUAUGGUUUUGGGCCUGUUAAGUUAUCGGGACUUUCGUGAAACGGACCCUAGGGUAAGGCUGCUCGAAGGGGGUUAAUCAAUCUAGGAUUAAAAGGUGAUCAUGGCUAUUAUUUGUCAUGGAAAAGAGCGUUUAAGGUUUUGUUUGGUUUUAUUUCAAUAUAACACGGAACAAGGUGGGAAAAAAUUCCAAACGAAAAUCCCUUUGCAGAGCUCUAAAACUGAAUUUAAAAUUUACACUAACCUUGGGCUAAUGUAAUCGUGUUUUUAACAACCCAGCCCUGAAAGGCAAAGGAAUCAUUGAAGAUAUGUUUUCCUCCCCCCAAACGUUAUACGUAAUAUUUUUCAAGAGUUAUGGGUUUUUUAUAUCGAAUUUUUCUUUGGUCUCUUUCUUCUUGAUAAGCUUUGUGAGAUAAAAGACCUGGAGAAACGUCUGGAUUUAUUGCUUGUCAUCAUGGAGUUUCCCCAACAGUUUGAAGAUCUUGCACCGGUAAGUAUCUUUACUAUGGCUUAGAAAUCUGAUGCAAGCGAGAACAACUACACACGUCUGCAGAUGGUAAGUAGGUUUUUAAACAAUUCAAAAACACGUGUUACUCCUGAAGUGAAACAAAGACUUCAGAAUGAGUCAUUCUUUAUCGCCGAGGGGUUGGAAGGGGCGGCGCGGAAGAUUUUCGGGGGGGUCAGAUAUGAAUAUUGCAGAGCCUUAGGAGGGGAUCAGGUGAAUUUAAUAGUGCCACAACCAAAAUCCUCCGAUCCUACCAGGCGAUAAACUGACCGGUUCCUUAGAACGCCUGUGAGUAUUCACAACAACCAAGAAUAAGAACAAAGGAAAUAUCACAGGACGCCAGUCAGUGAGAACUCGGGUUUUUUUUAUAGGAAAGUGGUUUUGUUGCUACACCCCAAGAUAACACUGUACACUUUUCAGUUGAAACUUUUCGACAAACGUGGUCAAUGUUAAAUUUACUAUUGAUCAAUUUUUUUAUUUUUCAGAAUGUGAAUAAUCUUUUGCAAGCUUGCAGUGAACUUUACAACAGCAAAAACUUUCAGCUCAUGUUGGAAUACGUGUUGUCAGUUGGAAACAUUCUGAACACGGGAAGUACCAGAGGAGGUGCAUAUGGGUUUAGGCUUCAUUCCUUACCAAAGGUAACCUGUUACUAGGGCGACUCACCAGUGGUCAGAAUUGGCCCGUCAAACUUAACACUGUUCCUAUUACCAGCAGAACUGGUCUUGUCAUUUGGUUUUGGCCGGUGGAUUAUCUUGCUCUAGCACGUAGUACUCGCGAAAUGCGCGCCGCGAGAAUUUUGAAAGCCAUUGGUUUAUAGCAGACUCUUUAAAUCACGCGGGAUAGCGCAGCCAUAGACUCCUUUUUCUUAAAUGGCUAGCCCCAUUGUUGUCUUUUUAUAUUCAUGAAAGUCAGCUUUUUUGGCCACGACAAAACUGAGGCUAAAGAGCUAAUUUUCAAGCUCAUCAAAGACUCCUGGAUUCUGAGCUCUUGAGUUUUUGUGUUACAUUCGCAGAUGGCAGAUAUCCGCGGAAAUAACAAGAAGUACAACCUCCUCAAGUUCCUUAUCCUUCAACUACAGCAGUCCAAUCCAGAAGCGUUGAAUUUCACGGACGAAUUGAAAACCGUUCAGAAAGCUGCUACGUGUGAGUUAAAAUAUUGAAAAUUUAACUCUUAUGAAAAUAUCGGUUAAUGUGCAAGCAAGGUUAAGAGAAAAUUAUCUGGUUUAAACUAAGCGGGGUGGAAACAGGGAAAUCUUGAGCCUAGGGAGAGGGAGGAUAUCCUCUUGCUUCUUCUCCGUUACUUCCUCUAGCCGAUGAAGAUCGUAUGGUAGAAGACCAAUUUGAUGGGAUCUCUCUGCAACAAUCGCAUCUGAGUAUUUAAGGACUUACUAUUUUUCUUUUCUUACUUUUUUUCUCGACACUAGGUUCAUCUAAAGCCCUGUUUGCUGAAGUAGAAGGUUUGUUAAGUCUAUUUUAUGUUUCAAUCCGCGCAUCUUUAACGCAGCACUUCAUGUUUGGUCAAGUUUACACAACAUAAUUUAAUUGAAACAGCGGUGUCUUCUUACUUUUCUGUGACUCCUACUCCUGGACUAGUUCCGCUCAAUAAAUUGUUUGAUUCUACAGAAGAAAGUGUCAGGCCUUAGUGAUUAUUUCCUUUUUACUAUGCAGUGAUGAAGAAGGACCUGAUUAAAAUCAAGAAACACUCGAGUGAACUGUUUUUGAAGCGUAACCAGACAAAUCCAAAGGAUGUCAAACUGCACAACGAUGUGGAAGUAUCCUUUGCGUUAAGUUUAAACUAAAAAGUAUCAUCUUUACAUAUCUAAAAGCUUCCAGAACGAGUGUCUCGGUCACGCACACUUCGGUCACGAUUUGUCUACACUUGGUAACUCUUUGUGACGCUUGGUCACGAUUUUCUCCGCCGUCACCAUGGAGGUCAGCCUUUGUGGACAAAUAUAAAUUGACCUUAAAGUAACAGUUUUAAAUAACUUUUAAAACUCACGAGGAAUGUGUGGGGGUUGUAUAUGAGCUAACAAGUCAAUAAACCGAAACCUAUACAGGUUCUUUAACUGAAGGGCCUCGAAAAGGAUGGUUACCCCCCCCCCCCAACUACUGAAGCAGAGGCAUCAAAUGGACCAGACCAAAGCUCAGUGCAUGUUCCAUUUCAGAGAAAUGAGCAUUAGAUUAACAGUUACGAUUUCAAAGACUUCACCAUCUAAAUUGGUUUUGUUGUCCUGCGAAUUCGAGUUGCUAUGUAAGUUGUGGCCUCCUGUGCUAUAAAGACGUAUUUCAAUGCCCUUGUAUGGUUUCUCUUUAACAAUCUACCCUCAGUCCUUUGUGAAUGAAUAUGAGCAGAAGCUAAAUGAUUUGUGUGAUCAGUGCAAGCAGAUGAAACAGAUUUACAACAAGGUUUUGGUAAGAAAAUCUAAAUGAAAAUGCAAGUUAAUUGGCUAAAUCAAUUAUGCGCAUGCCUUGGAGAACACCAAUGGAGAAGCUUUUAAAACCUGCUCCUUUCUUUACUGGCUGCUGUUGGGUCUUAGACCCAUAAGGAUUUGUCUCUGUGCAGUACCCUUCGACACCUAACUGUUAUUUUUUUUUCUCUGUACAAUAUCACCCUUGAAUUACACAUUAAGGUCACUGGAAGAGAGGAAAUGAUCACCAACUAAAGAAGGUCUUGAUUGUUAAACAAAUUCUCCUUGUCAGCAUCGAAGGGAAGUAUAGGGAGCAGUAUGGAGAAUAUGUAUACCGAUGUUAGGUUAAAGGGGUUAGCACAACGUUACGCCAACUGAUGGCAGUUUACUCUUGUCUUAACAGGUUUCUUUUGGUGAGUCUCAGAGCAGUGAUUCAGAGGAAAUUUUUGGACCUAUCAGCACUUUUAUGACACAAUUCAAAAAAGCGUUGAAAGAACAGAAUCAGGGCAGUAAGCGCAUCAAGGGUAUCAAACUGGAGUGCCUCAGGUGAGAUGUGAUGUAAGGUACCUGUUUUAUGUGAAUUGAGGCCAACGAAAACGUUUUCAGUUGUGUGAACAUGUAAGGCGCGAGGGUUGAACGGAGGGGCACUGGUGCGGCAAAGUUACCAAACUUAGAAGAAAUUAUUUUUUUGUGUGAUGUACCAAUUUGCAACGAAAAGUAAAAACAUUUAUGAAGGCUGAUGCUGUUCUGUGCAAUCUUGGCAUUGAGAUCUAUUAUGUUUCAACCAAUUUAUCCUUAAUUGAUAUAGAGGUAGCUUGUUAAUCGAUAAGUGAACGCAAAACGUUCGAAAUCGCUGCGUUUGAGUAAUGCAAGUCUCACACGAAGGUCACGCAAGGAAGAAUUGAGGGAGAGGGGUCCUCUCUGCGAUAUGGUCAGUUGUGGUUUUGCCAGACUUAUCCAAUGCGGAGAAUUAACGCCAGCAAUGCAGUUCUUGCCUAUUGCACUAGAAUAGCGGUAGAGUUAUCUUGAUUCUUCUCAUUGUUUUUCAGUGAAGCCAUCGCACAGUUGCCGAAGUCGAUCGGUGUAAGUGUUUUUUUUAUCAUUCUAUGCUAAACGACGUUUUACUCAUUGUCUUCUUAAUUCCUCGCGAAAGCUUCCACCUAGGACUUGUGUUUUCUCAUAAAUAGCAUUGAAAUAUAAAUAUUAAUUUUGUGAAGUGUGAGUUCUGUCUUGAGGCAAAACUGGAUCAUCGCUUACUUUUUGCGCUUUUUCUAGGACUCAACUUCAGUGGCCUCUAUGAGUUCUUUUUCGACAACAUCAACUACCUCCGGUCAUGACAAUAUUGAUGGAAACAAAACCAGUCGGAAUGGUGAGGUGAGCAAGCAGGUUUAAUAAAUUAGUUAUGUUAAUCCUUUGUUCGUGUUCAUGUUUAUUCAACAGAAAAAUAGUUUAAAAGAGCAUUUUAAAAACUCUUUGAAAUACUCAAUCGUAGCUUAUUUUGUUGAGGCACGUUUUAUACAACUGUUGUUUCAGUAAGAUGAAUAAAAUAACGACUGCCAUACGCACCGAAUGUAAAGUACCCGACAGCCCUCCCUCACUCGGGUCUCGUGACACUCACAAUUAGUUACAAUUGUAACCAACCUGCAUUUGGGAGUAUACGGACGAAUACAGUCGAAAUAAAACUGAACAGUCACAGUUUUGGAACUUCACACUGGUCCAUUACCGUUGAGGGUAAACUAACCGAUUAGUCUCGUGGACUGAACAGAACACCGUCAAAUGACCGAAAAGUUCCCGCUCCCGCUGUCUUCGGGUUGUAUUUUUUUUCAAGAAAAUAUCUCUGCUUUUUCUUUCAGAACAGAGACUUAUUUCUUGAAAGGAAGCCGUCAAAUAAAGAUACAAACACUUCUCCUCAUGCACCACUCCCUGUCAUCCAUAAACAGGUAAUCAUAUUUUCUUAGAGGAGAGCGGUUUUUGUUUUAAGUGAUGAGGUUAGAAAAACUUCAUAAUCCUUUAACUCCUAGAGGUGAUUAACAUGUAACUUCUACUUAUAACGUCCAUACGCUAUCCAGUAAAUAGAUCAUGAGAAUAUUUAAAUUGAUCAGAUAAAAGUUGCUCCAUUUAUCCAACACCAAAUUAUCUUAAACUAAUUUACAAGGAAGUGUGUAGCAGCCAGAGGUUAGAAUUAACAAUCAGAUCUUUGGGGUUAAGGACUAACCUUAGUGGAAACUAAAAUUUAUUACCAGACCCCGGAUUAGAAAAGUGGUAAAACCAUCCACUGAAGUAGUAAUCGUCUGCCGUUUUUUUUUGUUUUGUUUUGUUUUUUUUUCGGACACUUGGCGCUGGGUGGAGUUUUAUUUGUUGGUCUUGGAUGUUUUCCUCAUUACAUGCAAUGUUGUCUCACAAGAUAUGAUGAUAAUUUUAUAAUAUUUUAUCACUGUUCGUAACAGUGUGCGGAGUUUUUAAAGGAUAUUUUAUUGUUUGAUAUUCCUUUGGGUUUGAAUGUAUAACUAACUUUCUUUUUCAGUUGAGUAUCAAAUUGCCGCCAAAACCACAAGGGAGAGCAAAUCCCAAACCCACACGGAGCGGUUUCCUUGGCAAGCUCAGCGGAGGAAAACAUCUUACUCCAAAAUGGGACAACAGAUAUUUCGAGCUCACAGACACAGGAUAUCUUAAUUAUUACAAAAAAGCUGAUGGCGGGAAACCUAUCAAUUCCAUCUAUUUGAGAGGCUGCCCCUUAGAAAUAGACCCUAACGAUCCUCUAAUAGUUCUCAUUAAAACCGACGAUAGAGACUGGAGCUUGAGAGCGGCAACUGCUGAGGAGGCCUGCGCAUGGAAAGAAGCCAUGUCAUUUUACACUGACAAACGGAACUGAAGGCUCACAAAUAACUUGGGGAUAAAUUUUUGUAAGAGCAUGCGAUGAAUCAGGCUAAUUUCACGACUUGAGACCGAGAUUAAUUCUGGUCCUGCUUUUUGGUAAUGGGGAUGAUCCAAGAUUUAGAUCCAAUCAGAGAUUAUUUCGCUCAGUGUGAUUUCAAGCUUGAGAAUUACACAAAGUGGGAAGAAAUAAAGAGGAAACGAAAAUAACAUUCUGAAAUUAAAUUUGACGACAGUCUUGGAUUUCAUCAUGAGACUUGUUCAAACAACUGGGGCCAGGCCACGCGCCGAUUUUUAAAUAUCAAAUUUACACUAGAGCUAUCCUCUUUUCUUUGAAAUAGAAAUUCUAACUUUAAUUGGAAAUUUUGCUUCAGUUGAAGAGGCUCUUCAUUCUGUGUGAAUUAUUUAUUGAUCUACAUAGUAACUGGCGUACCAUGCAUUCGUGUAUGUUACUUGGCAUAAACUCUUCUCAAAGUGUCGCGUAUUGUUAUUAUUAUAAAACCAUGCAAUUAUUAAUAUAAACGAAUGAAAGGAAGAAAAUACGGAUUAAAAAUGAAAAAGAUACUUAAAAUUCAUGAAAAUGGUUUACAUCUGCAUCAUUCAGGCUAUUCCCAAGAUUGUGCCGGUAUAAUUAUUGAUUCAAGUUAAAUGUUUAUUAAUUCAUUAUUUUGUUAGAGCGUCUUUUCAUAGACAUGAAAGAGAGAUUUCACGCAAUCUGCUUAACUGUUAUGUUUGUACAAUGUAACCGUAUGUCUCUUACCACACAUGCUACUUGGAAGACCUCAGCGUCAGUCGUAGCUUUGCCCCUCAGCAUCUUUCCUCAACUUUUAUCUUUUGGAGUUUCUCUCCUAAGACCUCUCUUAAGAGAACUGAUGGUAAUAUAAAUUAUUUUGAACGACUCAUGCGAUGUAAAGGAACUUGCGAAAUAUUACGACAAUAUUAUGAAUUAUAAUCAUGCAU